CGCAGCACUCUCUGGGCGGGGGCUGCCUGUUGCUUCAUUCAGCGCUGCUGUGUCUGCAGGCUGAAGGUGCUGGCCUUGGCAGGCAGGAACCCAAAGACGUGGCCCAGCGGGCCCUGCCAGACUGGCACGUUCUGUUGGUACCUGUGAGAGGUGCCUAGUCUCCACCUCCUCUCUGUGGACCCUGAGGAAGGGUCUCUGGGUAACCCCCAUGCACCAGGUCCCCCCAGCCACCCCGUCGUCAGCUUCAGGACAUGACACAGCCCACAGCACUGUGCCUAGUGUCUCACGGACACAGACCCGGCUGCAGGACAGAUGUCCCCCAAUGUCACAGCCUGCACAAAGCAGGGCCUCGAGACCCUCUCGUCCCCACCCUAUGGCAGGAACACUGUGGAGGUCUCAGGACAGCCUGGGCUCUUGCUGCACGAUGGAAACACCAGCUGUGCGUUAUCCCACGCAUGUACACACACCGCAGUUCCUCCUGCCCCUGCGGCCAGCAGUGUCACAGGAGCCCAGAUUCACACACCCAGAUGUGCAGCCUGCACCCUCUCCCCCACUCCUGGGCACACUUAGAACAUAGCACAGGAGGCGCCACCAAAGGCCACUGCCCCCAGAUGCCACCGCCUCCGCCCACACAGCCCUGGGCACAGUGCCUGACUCCCUGGUCUCACAGGCCCCACCACAUGCCAGCUUGCUUGGCCAGAAGUCGCUGCUCCCGUGUCUCCCAGGCCCAGGGAGCCCUGGACCAGCUGGUCAUCACUGUAAUCACAGGGCCACUGUUGGCACCAUGCCCCUUGGGAAACCUGCAGCCCUGACCUCAGUUGUCCCCUUGUGCCUGCUGGGGAGGGGGAAGAUGGUGGAAUGGGGCUCAGGGCCCAGGAAGAUGUGGGUCAGAAAUCUUGCCUUGGGCACCUCCCUGCAGACUGAGGCCAGGUGGGUUAAGAGGGGGUGACAGGCAGGACCAGGGUGGCCCACUCUCUCCCUCAGGAGGGGCAGAGCAGCCUCGGUCACAGCUCCCAGCCCUGCUCCCCGGUGGGCUCCAAGGGUCGGCAGCUCCCGAUGUUGGCAUCUGGGUCGUCCACAGCACCCCAGACCUCUGGUGGCCGAGGGCGGGGCCCAGGCAUUCCUGUGGUCGGCAGCCAAAGCUGCAGGCCAAUCGGGUCCCAGCAGCGGCUGACGCCACUGUCGACGCGCAGUCCCUCCACACCCAUCCUCCCUCUCCUCCUCCCACGGCCCUGGCCCUCAAGGAGGGAGCCGGUGCUGGGCGGGGGCGCAGGAGCUGCAGGGCAGAGGCAGACGAGGGGCCAGGACCCGGCACCAGGCUAGGCCAGACAGCCAUAGUCUGGGGCAUCCGCGGCAGGGCAGGGCGGGGUACAGGCAAGCGGGACGCUGUCCCCACCGCCCUGAAGGCUCCCUGAUGCGGGAGCCCAGCGGGAUGGCAGGAGGGAGAGGCCUACUCCCAGGACGCCUACCUGAAGGGGAACGAGCCCUAUUCUGGAGAGGCCCGCAGCAUCCCCGAGCCACCCCCGCUCUGCUACCCCCGAAAGACCUACGCCCCGCCAGCCCGGCUGUCCGCCUGGGCCACUAUGGUGCCUGAGCCCGCCUCGGCCCUGCCCAGCGACCCCCGGAGCCCCGCCGCGUGGAGUGACCCAGGGCCCCGCGUGCCACCCGCCACCCGCACCCCUUCGGAGCCCUCUUCCUCGGGGAUGAGCCAGCCCCGUCCGAGCCCCGGCGCCUUCCUUCACCUUCCCUCGGAGCCCCGGACGCCCCAAGCCUUCCCGGAGCCCAGCGGCCGGGUGCUCCCCAGCAGACUGGAGUGCCAGCAGGCCCUGUCACACUGGCUGUCCAAGCAGGUGCCCCGCAGAGCGGGGGAGAGCCGGUGCCCGGCCAUGCCGCCCCGUACCCGCAGCGCCUCCCAGGACCGGCUGGAGGAUGUGACUGCCCACCGCGUGUGGCCCUGCUCCACAUCCCAGGACGCCUUGAGCCAGCUGGGCCAGGAAAGCUGGCACCAGGCUCGCUCGGAGGAUUAUCUGGGCCGGGCCACUCGCUCUGCCGAGGCCCUGGGGCCAGGCGCACUGGGGUCGCCCCGCUUUGAGCGCUGCGGCUGGGCCUCCCAGCGCCCCACUGCCCGCACGGUCACCUGCCCCGCUCGGGAUCUGCCAGGGCCUCAGGCCCCACCUGUGCCCGGCCUGCAGGGCCUGGAUGACACUGGGUACGUCGGCUACCGCAGCUACAGCCCGUCCUUCCAGCGCCGGACUGGCCUCUUGCACGCACUUUCCUUCCGGGACUCGCCCUUCGGGGGGCUGCCCACCUUCAGCCUGGCCCAGACCCCCACGCCAUUCCCACCUGAGGCCUCUGAACCACCCAAGGUGUCCAAGCCCGAACCCAGCACCAGGGCCCUGGAGCCCCCCACCGAUGAUCACCGCGAGGAGGUGGUGCUGAGGCAGAAGCCACCCACUGGCCGCAAGGGUCCACCGGGCCCCACCAGGCAGAUGAACCUGGGCUUUGGGGAGGAGACCCUGGAGCCAGAGGCCGGUGGGCGAGGCGAGCGCCCGGGCCGGAGGGUGGCCCCUUUGGCCACCACUGAGGACUCCCUGGCUUCUAUCCCCUUCAUUGACGAGCCUACCAGCCCCAGCAUUGACCUCCAGGCCAAGCACGUCCCUGCCUCUGCUGUGGUCUCCAGUGCCAUGAAUUCGGCGCCCGUCCUGGGCACCAGCCCGACCUCACCCACCUUCACCUUUGCACUCAGCCGCCACUACUCGCAGGACUGCAGCAGCAUCAGGGCCGGGCGCCGCUCUUCCUACCUGCUGGCCGUCACCACUGAGCGCUCCAAGUCCUGCGACGAUGGGCUCAACAGCUUCCGGGAUGAGGGCCGGGCACUGCGGCGCCUGCCAAGUCGCGUGCCCAGCCUGCGGGUGCUCCGGAGCUUCUUCACUGACGGGUCCCUGGAUAGCUGGGGCACCUCCGAAGAUGCUGAUGCCCCUUCGAAGCGCCACUCAACCUCUGACCUCUCGGACACGGCCUUCAGUGACAUCAGGAGGGAAGGCUGGCUGUCUUACAAGCAGGUCCUCACCAAGAAGGGGAAGAAGGCGGGCGGCGGCCUGCGCCAGUGGAAGCGGGUGUAUGCCACGCUGCGGGCACGCUCGCUCUGCCUGAGCAAGGAGCGGCGGGAGCCCGGGCCGGCGGCGGCGGGGGCUGCGGCGGCCGGCGCAGGUGAGGAGGAGGCGGCGGCGCCCGUCUGCAUCGGCUCCUGCCUGGUGGACAUCUCCUACAGCGACACCAAGAGGAGGCACGUGCUCCGGCUGACCACCGCUGACUUCUGUGAAUAUCUCUUUCAGGCUGAGGACCGCGAUGACAUGCUGGGCUGGAUCAGAGCGAUCCGGGAGAACAGCAGGGCCGAGGGCGAGGACCCCGGCUGUGCCAACCAAGCUCUGAUCAGCAAGAAGCUUAACAAUUACCGCAAAGUGAGCCAUGGCUCUGGGCCCAAAGCUGAGGCCUCCCCCAAAGUCUCUCGGGGGCUGGGGGGGCUCAAGCCGGAGUUCCUCCGGCAGAGUGCGGCCCGCGCCCUCAGGACACAGGAGCAGCCCGCGGGGAGCAAGGAUGACAGUGCAGCUGCCCCCAAAACCCCGUGGGGCAUCAACAUCAUCAAGAAGAACAAGAAGGCCGCCCCGCGGGCCUUCGGGGUCCGGCUGGAGGAGUGCCAGCCGGCCACAGAGAACCAGCACGUGCCCCUGAUUGUGGCCACCUGCUGUCGCAUCGUGGAGGCCCGGGGGCUGGAGUCCACCGGCAUCUACCGGGUGCCGGGCAACAACGCUGUGGUGUGCAGCCUGCAGGAGCAGCUCAACCGUGGACUCGGGGACAUCAACCCCCAGGACGAGCGCUGGCAGGACCUCAACGUUAUCAGCAGCCUGCUUAAGUCCUUCUUCCGGAAGCUGCCCGAGCCUCUCUUCACCAACGACAAAUACAAUGACUUCAUUGAAGCCAAUCGCAUUGAGGAUGCCAGGGAGCGGAUGAAGACGCUGCGGAAGCUGAUCCGGGACCUCCCGGGCCACUACUACGAGACGCUCAAGUUCCUAGUGGGCCACCUCAAGACCAUCGCAGACCACUCAGAGCAGAACAAGAUGGAGCCCCGGAACCUGGCCCUGGUCUUUGGGCCGACGCUGGUGAGGACAUCGGAGGACAACAUGACAGACAUGGUGACCCACAUGCCCGACCGCUACAAGAUCGUGGAGACGCUGAUCCAGCAUUCAGACUGGUUUUUCAGCGAUGACCAGGACAAGGGCGAGAGGACCCCCGUGGAUGACAAGGAGCCCCAGGCGGUGCCCAAUAUUGAGUACCUGCUGCCCAACAUCGGCAGGACGGGGCCCCCUGGUGACUCCGGCUCAGACUUCACCACCUGCAACUCGGCCAAGUCCAAGGCCCCGUGGGCGCCCCGGAAGGAGCCGUGCACGCGGGAGAUGCUGGCGAUCUCCUUCAUCUCGGCCGUCAACCGCAAGCGCAAGAAGCGGCGCGAGGCGCGGGGCCUGGGCAGCAGCACGGACGACGACUCGGAGCACGAGGCCGCCCAGGCCGGGGUUCCGGGGGGCCCCGAGCCGCCGCCGCCCCCCGCCACGCUGGCGCCAGACGCACGCUCCGUGGUGUCCGGCUACUCCACUCUGUCGUCGGCCGAGCAGGGCACGCGGAGGGCAGGCGCGGGCGACGAGGCGGACGACGAGCGCAGCGAGCCCAGCCUGGCGGGCACCGACACGGAGGGCGCGCGGGGGCGCCGGCCGUCGUUCAGCUCGCACCGCCUGAUGGCCGGUGACACCCUGGCGCGCCGCCGCCUGAGCCGGGGCCGCGCCAACCCCGAGGACGACCGCGCGCCCGCUCCCGGCUCCGCCUCGUCCAGCAGCCAGGAGUCGCUGCGCCCCGCGGCGGCCGCGGUGGCGCUGGGCGCGCGGCCUUCGCGCCUGGAGACGCUGCGCCUGCGGCUUCGGGGCACCGCCGACGACAUGGCCGUCCGCCUGCGCCGCCCGCUGUCUCCCGAGACCCGGCGACGCCGCAGCAGCUGGCGGCGCCACACGGUGGUGGUGCAGAGCCCGCUCACCGACCUCAACUUCAACGAGUGGAAGGAGGCGGGCGCGCAGGACACGACAGGCGCGCGUGCGCACAGCGACAACAAGGACUCGGGGCUCAGCAGCUUGGAGUCCACCAAGGCUCGCGCCUCGUCAUCUGCCGCCUCGCUGCCCCCCGGGGACCUGGGGACCCUGCAGGGUGUGGCCCCGCGCCUGGCCUCCACCUCCCACCUCCACCCAUGUCUCUGACCCGCGCGUGCACCCCACUCCAUCCCCCCCCCAUGCACUGGGGCCCUGGACCAUCCGGCCGGGGCAGGAGGGCUGCAGGUCACCCCUAGUUUGUGCCGGAAUGGAGAGGAAUGGAGACGGGGGGCCUGGGGUCUGUGUCCCCGUGUGUGUGUGUGUGUGUGUGUGUGUGACCGAGUAGGCCCUUCAGUGUCUGCCCCCACCCUGUUGACCGUGGAGCAUGGGUCUGGAAGCCCCAGGUCCUAGGCCGGCCUUGGGCUCCUCACUGAGGCGGGGUGUGGGUGUGGGGAGCCCAUGCGUGGUGGGCGUGAGGGAGAGGGCUUGUGUAUGUGCUUGUGCAUCGUCGCUGUCCAAAGAUGCUGCCGGUAGCAAUUCUGCUCCUCCACUGCCCCCCCCCCAGCCCCCAAGGCCCUUCCUUUGGGACACUCAGGGUUCUGUCCCUGCCCCUCUUCAGAGCCAGAGAAGGGGUUGGGCCACAGACGCAGGACUGAAACCCUUUUGCUAACUUCCAUGUCGUUCCGGGCAGCGAUCUGAUGGUAGGGAGAUACUGAUCCCAGCAGUUUGAGGAGGGUCGGGAUCCCCUUGCCUGUACCCUCCUUUUUUGUUUUGUAUUGGGUGUUUUGUUUUUGGAUUUUUUGGGGGGGAUGGGAUCUCAAUAUAUCACCCAGGCUGGCCUUGAACUUGUGGAGAUCCUCCUGUCUCAGCCUCCCGGGUGCUGGGAAGACGUGUCCAGCAGCACACCCAGCCUCCUCUUCCCUUUUUGCUCCCCCAUCUGUGCCCACUCUUCCUCAGCUCAAGCACGGGGACUGCACCUUCUUCUCUGUAGGGAGAGGGGCAGUCACCAGCCCCCCUGGCAUCUCUGUCACACUGAUUUACUGGGGCCAACCUCGUUGACCCUGCCAGGUGGAGUGGAACCCAGUCUCCUUUGUCCCCUUGCACUGUACAUAGCCCUCAAGUCACCAGGCCCCCAACGCCCCUUCACUCAUUCUCGGGAGGCCCCAUGGAUCAUGGGUGGACAUGCCCCCCCACUGUCACAUCUGUCAGUCUUGUUUUAUGCAGAUUUGCUGUAGACUCCUCUCGCCUCCCCCAUCCUUUUAUUGUAAAUAUUGUCUCUAAAUGUGUAACAUAUUAUAAAGAAUUUAUAAGGAUUUUUAAAGAUGUUUUUCUCAUUUAAAAAAGUGUUGUAACAGUGUUGGAUAAAGGCCUCCACGUGCGCAUGGCUCCUGGCACCGUGUCCCUGACACACCGCUCUAGGUGACAACUAAGACUUCCUGCUUCCCAAAAGUCCUGUCUUUACAAGUACAGUCUUUAUCUUGGAAAUAAAUGGCCUUCUGGA